CUUUCUUUCAUGUUUUAAAUUUUUAUAAAUAAUCCCACAAUCUCUUUAAAAUAUAAAUAAUCCCUUUAAAUUUUUCAUAUCCCGCUCCUAAUUCCCCCAAUCUUUGACUCUGCCCUAGAUAGGCGAAUGGGCGAUUCCCCAAUCGUUCCUCCGCAUCACCGAAGAUUCACCAGUUGUUCUGCAUAAAACCUAGAUCAAUGACUCCUUAAUCGUUCCUCUAACCAAUUUCUGUCACACUUUUGCUGUAUCAUGGCACGUAGUACAGCAGAUGCCGGCAGAUGUCGUGGUUUUGUGGCAGGAGGCGGCAGAGGGCAAGGAGGCAGCAGGGGGCAAGGUGUGGUCACUGAAGAGAACAUGGCAGCAACAAGAGAACUGGGCAACAACAAGAGAACAGGGCAGCAACAAGGAGGCGGCAGGGGGUAAGGUGUGGUCACUGAAAAGAACAUGGCAGCAACAAGAGAACUGGGCAGCAACAAGAGAACAGGGCAGCAACAAGGCAGUUUUGCGAAGAAAAAACUAUCUGGAGGCAGUGUUACCAAACUUUCUGUUAGUUCUGUUCCAAACUAAAGAGGAUGUAAAAUAUGAGGGAUAUCUUUUGGAGAAGUAUGGGGAGGAAAGUAGCCAGCACCGAGAACUUGACAAAGAAUUGUGGUACCGAGCUUCAGGGGGAAAGAAGAGAGGUAAAGUAUAUGGGUUAAGCAAUCUUAAGAAUGAUUUUAACGUUUAGCAUCAUGGCAAACAAGCCCAAGAGAUCGAAAGGUUGAACGUGAUUAUUGCGGGAUUGGUGGUGGAAAAAGAGAAAGAUAAGGCGGAGAAAGAGGCUAUGAAUGAAAGGAUGGCAAACAUUGAAGCGAUGCUAAAAGCUAGGUUUCAAAACGUAUAAUCAUCGACUUAUGUUUCAAAACGUAUAAACACUUUGUUUUGAAUAUGUAUUUUGUUAUGAGAACUUUGGUAUUUGAUGUUUCAAGUGGGAUGUUUUAUAUA